UUAGUAGGCCGGUAGUAUAUCGCAUGGCACGAGGGUUUUAAUAGCCUGUCAGUAAUCGUUCGGCACGGUUGGUUGUUCUGUUUGAAAACGGGAACCCCGCGGCUUUCAUUUCGGCUGCAGCCAAGGGUGAAACGCAGUUUCAAAGAUAUAUUGAGAAGGGUGACUGCGUGCUCCCGUUGAACGAGGAGAUCGAUAUAACACAUGCGCCCUACGGCACAGAUUCCUCGCUGAAACCUCGCGUUCAACAGCUUUUCAGCUUGUACACAAACCACAGUGUUCACUGUUCCCUUCUGUCACCAGUCGGCUCGUAUAUUUCUCCGGUAAAUCCUCGUGAACAAGUGAAGAGUCUUAUCAGUCUUUUCAUUGAUCGUGACGAUUGUUCAAUCUGCAGCGUGAUGCAACAGUGAUUAACUUUCACUCGUUCGUUCGGAGACGUUGCGCGUAAUUAGGCUCGCUGCUUCGAGUAUUAUUGACACGGCGCAAACAUGCAAGCCGAGAAGACGGACAAUGAAACCGAGAAAGUAGAGAAAAACGACGCCCAGGCGGAGAAAAGUGAAAGUGAAAAGAAAGAGUCGGCGGAAGAAACUGCGGCUAAUAAGGUAGCGAAUUUGAAGAUCGAGGAUGAAACUGGAAACUCAACGCCUAGCAGUCCUGGCGCCGCACCGUCUGGAAGCUUUCUGGCGAGUUUCAAAGCUUUCUCGAAAUUCGGUGACCCAAAAAGCGACGGGAAGCUGAUUACGUUGAGCCAGAGCGACAAAUGGAUGAAACAGGCGAAGGUGAUCGACGGAAAGAAGAUCACUACUACUGAUACAGGGAUUUACUUUAAGAAACACAAAUCUACGAAAUUGGGCAUUGAACAGUAUAAAGCGUUUUUAGAGGAACUGGCGAAAAGUAAAAAGGUCGAUUUAGCAGAGAUGAAAAAGAAGAUGGCGAACUGUGGACCACCUGGGGUUACUAGUGGUGCUGGAGGAACUGGGAAAGCGGCCUCCACAGUGGACAGACUGACAGACGUCAGCAAGUACACAGGCUCUCAUAAGCAGCGUUUCGACGAGAGUGGUAAAGGCAGAGGAAUCGCUGGUCGAAAGGACCUGCCUGACCAGUCUGGCUACGUGCAGGGCUACCAAAACAAAGACACCUACAACAAAGCCCACUAGUUCGAGAGAUCCGCGCGUUUCUGUGAUGUCUUCGACACUGUGUUGUCCCGUCCACGCACUUCACACGAAACGCCCACGUGUCGUCGUCGGGUUCUUGUCUCGUCUAGAUCGUCGCGUUCCUCGACCGGCGCACCUGAUCUACCUGUUGCGGCCUGUUGACACACGCCGACGACGAUCGACGCAAGCAAACGGUGACGAUGAUCGGGCGAACGCGUUGGAAGCUUUCCUCGAUGAAUGAUACGUCCUUUCAGACGACCCAACGAAGAAACCAACGGGUCGAGAAUUUCGUUCGAGACUCGACUUUCUUCGUGGCGGACAGCUGAGAAUUCGAGGAGCUGUGGUGGUGAUCACGAGGUCACAUAGGUCAUUGAUGAUUCGGCGAAGCGUUCUUGCUGAAGAUAGCUUGUGAAACAUCUGGCAGCCGAGCUAUUUUAACGAACAAGACACUCUCUUUUAGUUACUAAUCUCCUGGACACACAUUUCCAUAGGAAACGUCGUUCGAAUUUUCUGGUACUCUUUAAAGUUCGUUUAAAAGCAUCGUGCGCUUUGUUUGCCUUGCAAAUCCGUGAUCUUCGCUUUUUACUGGACUGGAUUGAUCGUAAUCGUGACGCAGUUCCAACGAGACUAAUCGAUGCAUUUCUUCGGCUGUUUUGUUUUCCCUUUGGUUUUCUCUUUGGAGUCGAAAGCGUGAGUAAUUUUGUUGUAUCGUUCAGUUGAAACGAUAAUAUGAGAACGAAAGGAGAUCUAUAGUGAUUCAGGUAUCGAAAUUUCUGUUUCCAUUUUCGAACGAUUGGAAUCAUAUCUUUUAAUUACGUACGAUUUCAAUUUGACAUACCACGCUCUUUCUUCGGUUUUCUUGAACGUAUCGUACAACAGUUUGACAGGGUCGCAAGUACAAAUAUUUUUUCUUCGUUUCUCAAACGCAUGUUCAAUCGAAAGUUUAAAUGCUACUCGUGACACUUGAGCUUCGAAAUUCUUUUAAUACGCAUAUUCUACGAUCGUAUGCAUUACUUACAUAGCAAGGAUCGUAUACGUUAUGGCAAUAUAGAUUUACGCGAACACUAGUCAGAGUUAGUUAAAUGAAAAUUAAUGGAGACGAAACAAAAUCGAUGCUGCAGAGCAGACAAUUCUAUUAUAAUUUCUUCUGUCAGGUUGAGUAACGAGUUCAUUCACACCUUUUUUUUUUUUUGAAAGAAACGCAUUUAGUGUUACUACUUUCGUGUAAAAUCUUUUCGAUCGAGGAGUUAUUUGUCUCUGUCUACAGUAUUCGCAAUUUUUAUAAUUUCGAGACGUCGUAAAGUACACAUGCCAAUGAAAGACGAACGAACUUGUCACUCAACAUUCACUUCUAUAUAAUCUCUGCUAUUCUCUUGGAAGAUCACCGCUCGAGUUUUUGGUGCAAAGUUAUUGUCAGAGCUCUCUUGCGCAAUGAUCGGCUGAUUAAUAAUAUUAGUAAACUGACAAGUUAAGUCAAGUUAAGUAAGUUAUAGUUUUCUCUUUUCUUUCCUUAUUUUUCCAAAAUGUUUUCGAUAUUAUAUCAUUAUAAUAUUAUUAUGAUAUUAUAUUAUUAUAAUAUUACUAGCAUAUUAUUUUAUUAUAAUAUGCACGUGACAAGCAGGAAUAUAUGAAACACACGAUGUAAAGGACUUGUUAUAAUUUUUAUAAACUUAUUGUAAACAAAUUAAUCUCCGUUUAAAUUCCAUUUUUCCAAGUGUGUGUCGAUGAGAAUGGAAGUCAAUAACUUGCAACUUGUAAAAAUUUUACUAAUGUUAUUGGUCCGAUUGUGCCAGAUCGCGUAACCAUAUGGACGUACAAUGUUUGCAAUCGACGCGUUGGAGUAUACGAUGGGAUCGUGGUUGGAUUGAUGUGAUCACGCGAAUAUUUCGAGAUGUUUGUGAUUAUUCUUACGAUAUCUGCGUAUGCGUACAUUAAUCGAAUUAAAGUGUACUUAAAAGAUGAGACCGCCUGGCGCGCAAUGGCGGCGAACUCAAGACCAAAAUCCGUAAAUUCUCUCUCUCUCUCUCUCUCUCUCUCUCUCUCUCUCUCUCUCUCUAUCUAUCUAUCUAUCUAUCUUUCUUGGUACUAAAUUCUCGGAGAUAAUUUCAAGUGAAGUGUAAACGUGAAAAUCGCCGUUUUCAAUCAGCUGACACGACUGUGAAAGCGAUAAGACAUUCUUUUUUUCUCUUUAAAUUAAUGAUUGCUUUAGAAAUGGUAUUGCCAAAUAUUGCAAGAAAAUGAUCGUUCAUUUGUUACGAUAUUUAUGUUUUUCGUACCUUUCUUUCGGAGACAUUUUCUUGCAGAUAUUCAUCGAAAUAUUUUUUUCGUUUCUUUAUUUUCAAAAUGAUUGUCUCGCUUUCGCAACAGUGGCAUCAUCGUAUCGGUAAAGCACUUUACGAGUUCUCUCUUUAAUCGAUGUACACUUUAUUUAAGGGACAACGUACCUCGAUGGACGCCCCUCCUAAUUCCAAGGGGCUUUUGAUUCAUUCGAAAUAAUAAAGGCGAGUUGAACGAAAG